CUAGAUGGCUCUGGGUUUGGUUGGGGGUUUAGGCUUUUGUGUGCUUUGCAGCUGUGGUCGGUUCUAUUGCAAUGUGUGUCUCAGCAGUCAGACGAGGUGGGCCCGAAAGAAAAAAAAGAGGCUAACGAGGAGUCAUAGGCUCCCAGGUGCCAAGAUCGGUUAUUUAAACAGAAGGAAAAACCCAGCCAAGCCCUCCAUUGGAGCCUCUCUUCCUUUGGUUCAUGUUGGCUUCCUGAAACAUGGAUCCCGGGAGCCUUUUCACGUGGGCUCUCUCUGUCCUUUAUCCAGAUUGGUGGCAAGACUCUUUGAGAUGAGUCCGUUUGAGCCCUGGACCACGAGGGAUAAAGUGGAGCGGAUUCACAUCUCAGACAUGAAAUUACCUCACCUGCCUGGCUUAGAAGACCUGGGUAUUCAGGCAACACCCCUGGAGCUCAAAGCCAUUGAGGUGCUGCGUCGUCAUCGUACGUACCGCUGGCUGGCUGCCGAAAUUGAGGAUGUGAAACCGGCCAAGACCAUCGACGUGUAGUGAGCCUGGAGCAGCCCUGGUGUCUGGUGCCACUCAAGUUCACCCACGGUCCUCAGAGAACCUUGUACGUAGGGAAUACGACCUAUUAAAAUGUCUCAGAUCAA